AUGCGGUCAGAAGUGAGGCCUCAGUAUGUUCACCAUUUGGCCCCAAUAUCCCUGCCUGAAAUCACUGUUGCGGCUCCACAACGAAAAGAUUUCAAACAAAGGUGUGCGGAGUGUAUCGUGUUUGCUGUGAUCUGCGCACUGUACCUCAUGCUGCCAGCUGGCAUCCUCCUGGCCUAUUACUAUUCCUCCACAUGUAUGCAUGGAUUACCAUGCGGUGGUAAUACAGGCUGUGUGUGGAAGUCCCAGUGGUGCGAUGGGGUGCAGGACUGUCCAGCGGGCCAGGAUGAAGCUUACUGUGUGCGGCUUCAUGGCUCCAGUUUCUUACUUCAGAUUUUCUCAACUCAGACCAAACAAUGGAGGACAGUUUGUUCUCAUGGCUGGACAGCCCAACUGGGCCAAGCCAGCUGUCGGGAAAUUGGAUACAGCAGCACAAGCAUUAUAUCAGGUCUGCAAGAGGCCCAUUCUGAUGAUGAAUUCUUAAUGGUUAAACCUGAUCCGAAGCCCAAUGUCCCAAUAGUUCAACAGCUUGUUCUCAGCAAUUACUGCCCCAACAACACUGUGGUGACACUGCUAUGUACAGAUUGUACAGCUGGGGUCAACUACAGCAAGGCCUCUACAGCCCACCAGGCUGCUAUCAGGGGGUGGCCAUGGCAGGUGAGCCUACAGCUAGCUGGCUCUCACCGUUGUGGGGGGGCUGUUCUUUCCCCGUACUGGAUUGUGACAGCAGCCCACUGUGCAAUGAUGGCAUCCAGUCCUGGAGAUUGGUCGGUAUAUGCUGGCAUUGAGGAUCCUUUGGGCACUCUCUUUAACCCCGCUCACUCUGUGAGGCACGUAGUCACUCACGAAGGCUUUGACAGAGUCACUCACAAAAAUGACAUUGCUCUUAUGAGACUGAGCAAACCUCUUGAUUUCACAGCCUCAAGCAAUGUCCGUCCAGUGUGCCUCCCAAAUGUUGGUCUUAACAUCUCGCUCCCUCUUAGUGGCUGGACAACAGGGUAUGGUGUUUUAGCCAAUGGAGAUUAUCCAUAUCUGGUUGAGGCACAGGUCUCUGUCAUGGAUGCCGUUGAAUGCAACAGCUCAUCAGUUUACUAUGGAAAAAUAUCAACGGACAUGCUGUGCACCAAAGAGGUGCAGACUGGACAGGACGUAUGCAAAACUGACAGUGGUGGGCCUUUAGUGUUAGAGAUGGGCAACCUGUGGUGGCUUGUGGGAGACAAUAUUUGGCCAGAAAGUUGCACUGACCUGAACAAACCAGGUGUUUAUAGCAAUGUCACCUUUUUCUUGGGAUGGAUAUACCAUCAGAUGAAGGGAUCUAUGAGGACAGACCUGCUUGAAACUGGUACACCAAAAAGCACCAUCAUUUGUUAA